UGGCAACUCUGUCUGUGUCAGCUUACUUCCUGUUUUGUCUUUGUUCUAGUGCUGCACUCUUUAUUACCGCAAAUGAGCGGAUGUCAUCUGUUGUCCCCUCGUCCCUAGUCACUCAGGGUAGGUGGGUCCAUUUGAAGGAGAAAGCUAUGCUUAGAAACUUCAACAACUGUGAAACACUUGCUCCAGCACGGCAGAUGAAAUGGCGCAGCAGAAAGGACAAAUAAAGCAAGUACUAGAAAAAUACAUCUCAGACACCUUCAGAGACAUUGCAACAGUGAGGAAAUUUUGUGACAGAGAGCCAAAAUGGACUCUACAGAGGAAAUCGGAGCUACGCAUGAUGAGAGACAUCAAAGACCGGGCAAAAAGCAAAGCCGAGGAACUGGAGAAAGAGCUGGGGUCAGCCCUGAAGGAUACUCUGGAGGGACUGAAGAAACUCCAUCACUUCCUGGAUGCAUUGGAGAGGCUAUCAGUCACCUCAGUGCAAGUGUUUAGGAGUGAAAGCAUUGUGCCAAGAGGGCUGAGCGCCAAGGCUGUUCAAUCACUGAUCUUCACAAUCAGAUCUGUGUCUCCACUCCUCAUCCACUUCAAGAGAGAUGCAGCUGCUUUCUUCAUGCCCUUCCUCUGCAAUGUGGAGGUCUUGGUCUUCCAGCUGGACAAGUACAUCCAGAUCACAAAUCAGCUCUGCAAGAUAAUGAAACAAUCCAACAGUGUUUUAUUUUCUGGAGAUAUUCAUGACUGGGAAAAUUCCAAACCUUCCCUGGAGUUUAUUUUGAACAUGAGUGAGGAGUCAGUGUGUAACUUGCAUGCCCAUUUAGAAAAGCUAAACAGAAUCAGGAUGGAUGAGUCAUUCAGGCUGACAUUCCUUUUUAGUGGUGAGGCCCAGCGAUUCAUUGACGUAUUCAGUCAGCAUGGCUCCAGAAUGUUUCAGUUGCUCUCUGAUUUAGAGGAGGCUGCAGUUCAGCUGGAUAGGAUGGUGCUGGGAUCCAGCAUCUCCACUGUGGUUGGAAGUUCUGUAGGCAUCGCAGGAACUGUCUUGUCCACCGUAGGCUUGGUUCUUGCCCCUGUCACUGCAGGGUUGUCCCUGACCCUCACAUUGACAGGGGCUGGACUGGGAGUCAGCAGUGGUGUUACCAGCAUGGUCACAGGCGUCACUGAAAUGGCAGUGAACAGCCAUGAGGAGCAGAAUGCCAAUAACAUCUUCAUCAGUUUUAUGGAGCAUGUGCUGAAGGUUCUAGAUUGUAUGGAGCAAGCAGCCAACAUUGAAGGUCCUGUUCCAGACCCUCAAGAAAUGGUUAAUAUGACCAUUGGAACAGAUAAAGUAUCAAUGUGUACUGGAAAAGUAGCCAAAGAUUUUAAUAAGGUGUUUCUUGGGCAACAGAAGGUUAUACUUCAGAUGAGGAAAGCAGCUGCCAGCAUCACUAGCCUUGCUGCAGACCUGCCUGACACUGGGAAGCUAGCCAAGGGCACUACUCUGAUCCUUUCAAAGUCAGCCAGGGCUGGUCUUAGGGCUGGUCUUAGGCCUGGUCUUAAGGCUGGUCUUAAGGCUGGUCUUAGGGCUGGUCCUGGGGCUGUAUUAUCCAUUGGUAUGGAUGCCCUGUCUCUCUAUAACGAAAGCAUAAGCCUGGCCGAAGGGAAGAAAAAUGAAACCUCUGAACUUAUCCGCAAUAGAUCAGCUCUUUGGCGCUCAGAAGUGAAGGCAUGGGAGAAGAUAUAUAAUUGUCUUUGUGAAGGGAUUAGCAAUUUCGACAGCAGUAAAAACAUUUUACAGCAACCCUUUUACCAUUAAACACAUAACUCAACCUAAAAUGUUUACAUAGCAGGGAAUAGAGCACUAGCCAAAGGAGUCAAUGACACAAGAAUUAAGUACUGUGAAUCGUGUUCAUUCCUAGAAUUAAAACUAAAAUAGAUAAAAUAGUGGAACUUGAACCAGCAACAUACUGACUAGUACCAUAACUGCUGAGAUACCUCUCCCAUCGAGCUUUAUAAGAGAUCAAGUUUCUCCCACUGAGUUCCUCACUGUCUUCAAACAUAGUCUGCAAACUCAGAUCUUUUAAAAGCACCUUAAUUAAAUUGGGCACUUGAAAAGAAGCUUUUAUAUUUGCAUUUAUACAAUCGUCUGCUAAUUUAUUAAAGUAUUAAAUGGGUCAGAAACAAAAACACAUAUUUUUUAGUAUUAUGUUCUAGCUCUCUUUCUACACAUCAGUACAAACACAGUUAGGGGUACUUUUGGACUCAAACCUAUUUGAGCUAACUAAGGAUACUUGCUAAGCAUCUCCUAAAUGCCAUAAAUUUAAAUGUAAAGUAAUAAUUGGGUCAGAAACUCUGACCACAAGUCAUUUGCAUAAUCCUGAUUGGUAAUUCAAGUGUGCUUUGCUGUAUGAUGUAGAAAAAAUAUAUAAAAUGCAAGCAGGUGAUAGUGUGAUAAAGUGUUAUUUCCAAUCCUAACAGCAGUGGUGCUGAGAAUGUUAUCCAUGUUAUCUUAUUUGCUUUACCUUAAUAUCUCUUUGCAUAAUUUUCAAAAGAUUUACUUAUUUUACAUUUUAUUUUUUGUUUCUACAGUUGUGUAUUAGCUUAUGAAUAUAUCUACACCUGUUUUUUUUUUGUUGUUUUUUGUUUUUUUUAUAUAAAACAAAUUAAGCCUCCGAAUGAAGAACAACUGAACCUAGAGUUUAUCAGGUAACAUAAAGCUUUUAAUCAAACUGUCAAAACCAGGCUGAUCCUUAUUCAUCUGAAU